AUGACAUAUACUGGGUUAACCUACUCAGCCGCAUUUGCAUUCUUAUCAAGUGAGCGUCAAAACAAUUUCACUUGGGCUCUUCAAAAGCUUAGCGGUUUAUUUUUGACAUCUGAGGCCGAUCCACAAGUCAUUGUCAGCCAUAGAGACUUGUCUUUGAUGAAUUCCAUUGGCAAUGUGUUUCCUCAGUCAUAUCAGUUGUUAUGUCGCUUCCAUAUUAGUAAAAAUGUCAAAGCGAAGUGCAAAAUGUUAAUUGAUUGUGUGGAAGCAUGGGGUGUCAUAAUGGAAGCAUGGGAGAACGUCAUGAAUUGUGAAGAUGAAUCUAUGUUUGGUGACUGUCUCGAUAGGGGAAGAUGUGGAUGCAUACUUAGACGGACGUACGGUGUCCACUGUGCCUGUGAAUUAGCACGUUAUGCCCCUGGUAUGAUUCCUUUGAGUGAAUUUCAUGUGAUGUGGACAAGAUUGUCUAUUUCAGAUAUUGUAUCAAAUGAAUCACAGCUAGAGUUAUCCAUACAACGUGAGCUUGCUAUGGUUAAAGAAAAAUUUAAGGAGGUUGAGAUUAGAGGUAAAGUGACGAUUAAACAAAAGUUAAUUGACAUUGUUUGUCCUGCAAUGACAUCUAUGAUACCUCCAUUAGAUAAAGUUAACACGAAGGGUGCACAGAAGAAAAAACUUCAGAGAACAGAGAGGUCUACAAAGCGUGAUCCCUCAUAUUUUGAGCAUGUAGACACAUUUCAGUCAACAAUUGAAUCUUCGUCUGCGAAAAAAAAAUUUCAACUUAAGGAUAAACCUAUGCAACGAAGGAGAGUACCUAUGAUAAACCAAUUUCAUCCUAUUUGUCAACCAUAUAUUCUCAAUGUGGUUGAUGUCGUUGUUGAUGGUCAAUGUGGCUAUAGAUGUAUUGUUGCGUCAUUGGGGCUCGGGGAAGUGUAA